CGAGGACAGCCGCCGCAGUCGGCGCGCGAUCGCGGAUCCGGGCGCAGCCGGGAGCCGGGCGCCGGAGAGCACCGGCCAAGGAGAAGCGACCGGCCCCCACUCUUGGGCCGGCCCGAGCGCGCCGGGGCUGCCGCCCGCUUCCCCCCGCGGCGUCCCCUCCAAUCCCCCCGUUGGCCUCCGCCUCCCUCCCCCUCCCUUUAAUACUUGCCCGCCGCCGCCGCCGCCAAGUCCGCGGACAUGUCCUUCCCGCAGCUGGGCUACCCGCAGUACCUGAGCGCCGCGGGGCCCGGUGCCUACGGCAGUGAGCGUCCAGGGGUAUUGGCGGCUGCCGCCGCGGCCGCGGCCGCCGCCUCGUCGGGCCGGCCCGGGGCGGCGGAGCUGGGAGCCGGAGCUGGCGCGGCCGCCGUCACCUCGGUGCUGGGCAUGUACGCCGCGGCCGGACCUUACGCUGGCGCGCCCAACUACAGCGCCUUCCUGCCCUACGCCGCGGAUCUCAGCCUCUUCUCGCAGAUGGGCUCGCAGUAUGAACUCAAGGACAACCCUGGGGUGCACCCCGCCACCUUCGCAGCCCACACAGCACCAGCCUAUUACCCCUACGGCCAGUUCCAAUAUGGGGACCCCGGGCGGCCCAAGAACGCCACGCGCGAGAGCACCAGCACGCUCAAGGCCUGGCUGAACGAGCACCGCAAGAACCCGUACCCCACCAAGGGCGAGAAGAUCAUGCUGGCCAUCAUCACCAAGAUGACCCUCACGCAGGUCUCCACCUGGUUCGCCAACGCGCGCCGGCGCCUCAAGAAGGAGAACAAGGUUACGUGGGGUGCGCGCAGCAAGGACCAGGAGGACGGUACCCUCUUUGGUAGCGACACUGAGGGUGACCCCGAGAAAGCCGAGGACGAUGAAGAGAUAGACCUGGAGAGCAUUGACAUUGACAAGAUUGACGAACAUGACGGCGACCAGAGCAACGAGGACGAGGAGGACAAGGCAGAGGCGCCUCGAGCGCCCGCCGCUCCUGCUGCGCUUGCUCGGGAUCAGGGCUCGCCGCUAGCAGCUGCCGACAUGCUCAAGCCCCCAGACUCGCCCUUGGGUCUGGCCAAGGAUGUCCCAGAACCUGGAAGCACUCGCCUUCUGAGCCCUGGCGCCGCGGCAGUCGGCCUGCAGGGCGCGCCGCACAGCAAGCCCAAGAUCUGGUCGCUGGCUGAGACAGCCACCAGCCCCGACGGCGCGCCCAAGGCGUCUCCGCCGCCGCCCACGGGCCAUCCGGGUGCCCACGGGCCUCCCACCGGUGCGCCGCUGCAACACCCCGCUUUUCUGCCUAGCCACGGACUGUACACCUGCCACAUCGGCAAGUUCUCCAACUGGACCAAUGGUGCGUUCCUAGCACAGGGCUCGCUGCUGAACAUGCGUUCCUUCCUGGGCGUCGGAGCGCCCCACGCCGCGCCCCAUGGGCCGCACCUGCCAGCACCACCACCGCCACAGCCACCCGUCACUGUUGCCACCGGGGCGCUCCACGUCGACAAGGCCUCGGCCCGUAGCAGCCCUGCGCUCCCAGAGAGAGACCUCAUUCCUAGGCCGGAUUCGCCCGCACAACCGUUAAAAUCGCCCUUCCAGCCGGUACGAGAAAACUCGCUGGCCCCGCAGGAGGGAACGCCGCGGAUCCUAGCAGCGCUCCCGUCUGCCUGAUUAAGGAUCUUCUUUUACUUUUGCGGGGGGAGGGGGGAGGAGUUGGGAGGGAGGAGAUGAGGGAGGAAUUAAGACAAAUAUUUCAGACUGGUGUAAAGGACAAAUAUGACAACGACGUCAACGACUCUCAUCCAUCGCUUUCCUGCAGAAAGGGGCUCGUCCACCCUGAGCUCGCGACCCGGUGGCCAGGCCUCUGCCUGCGGCUCCCAUGGCUGUCACCACGCUCGGGUUGAUUAUCCGAUUCGGUAAAUGACCCCACCUGCUUGUGUCUUCUUUUUCUUUGUUUGUUUGUUUGUUUCUUUCUUUCUUUCUGUAUAUAGAGUGAUUUCAGAUUGUAAAUAGCGCGUCAGCGAACUUGUCUAAAUCAUAUAUUUUUGUCUAAUAAACUAAAUGAAAUGAA